UUGCUUGCCUUGGCAACCCUGCGUUUUGCAAGUUGACUUGCUUUCUGAAUUAAUUUCUUAAAUUGCACAAAAUACAACGAAUGUAUAGCAGCAUAACAAAGGCAAAAUGAAAAUUAAUAACAAAUACGAGUUCGACGACGACGUCGCAUCGAUAUGCGAAUCGACGGCCGCCUUGACCGAGGGCUGCCGCCUGCCGGUGCGUAUGCACAAGACGGAUGACUGGCCCCUGGCAGAGAUCGUUAGCAUCAAGGAGCUGGACGGGCGCCGUCAGUUUUAUGUCCACUAUGUAGACUUCAACAAACGCCUGGACGAAUGGGUUAACGAGGACGAUCUGUACACCCGAAAGGUGCAGUUUCCUCGUCGCGACGGCUCCCAAACAGGCACCAGCACGGGCGUAACAACUCCGCAGCGCCAUCACUCGCUGGCCGGCAGUGUGUCGCGUCCCACUUCGCCCCAGCACUCGGGCAUUGGCAUCAGCACCGCAGGAGCUGCUGUCAGUGCCAGUGCCGGUGGCGCUGCUACUGCUGGAGGUGCGGCAAGCGGCGCCGUUGUGCCUGCAGGUGCCGCUGUGGGCGGCGGCGAGUUGGUCAAUGGCAACAAUGUAUUGGCUGCUGCGCUGCAGAAGCGCUUCAAUCGCAGGCGCCGCGUGCACGGCAACACGCAUGGACAGAACAUACCGUCGCAACAGCCGCCGCAUCCGCAGACACCCAACGCCCAGGCGGCCACGCCGGUGCAUGUGACCGGUGAUGGCCUGAUACCCACAACACCCGUUGAAGAUGGCGACGCGUCGCAGGAUGGUAAGAUUCCCACGCCCAGACAGUCGGGCAGCAUGGUCACGCACCAGGACGAUGUGGUGACUCGCAUGAAGAACGUGGAAAUGAUCGAGCUGGGACGUCACCGCAUCAAGCCGUGGUACUUCUCGCCGUAUCCCCAGGAGCUGUGCCAGAUGCCCUGCAUCUACAUCUGUGAGUUCUGCCUGAAGUAUUGCAAGAGUCGCAAGUGCCUGGAGCGUCAUCUCUCCAAGUGCAAUCUGCGGCAUCCGCCGGGCAACGAGAUCUACCGCAAGCAGACCAUCUCCUUCUUCGAGAUCGAUGGGCGCAAGAACAAGGUGUACGCACAGAAUCUCUGCUUGCUGGCCAAGCUGUUCUUGGACCACAAGACGCUCUACUACGACACAGAUCCAUUUCUGUUCUACAUCAUGACUGAGUUCGAUUCGCGCGGCUUCCACAUUGUCGGCUACUUCUCCAAGGAGAAGGAGAGCACCGAGGACUACAACGUCGCCUGCAUACUGACAAUGCCGCCAUAUCAGCGCAAAGGCUAUGGCAAGCUGCUCAUCGAGUUUAGCUACGAGUUGUCCAAGUUCGAGGGCAAGACAGGCUCGCCCGAGAAGCCGCUCUCCGAUCUGGGACUGCUCUCAUAUCGCUCAUAUUGGGCGCAGACAAUACUGGAGAUAUUCAUUAGUCAAAAUCCCAGCACUGAGGGCGAAAAGCCAACCAUAACCAUCAAUGAUAUUUGCGAGUGCACUUCGAUCAAGAAGGAGGACGUGAUCUCAACAUUGCAGAACCUUAAUCUCAUUAACUACUACAAGGGGCAGUAUAUAGUCUGCAUCAAUCGUGACACCAUCGAGCAGCAUCAUCGCGCCAUGGAGAAGCGUAAAAUUCGCAUCGACUCCAAGUGCCUGCACUGGACACCCAAGGACUGGUCCAAGCGCUCCAAAUGAUGGCCUGCUAUUGCUAUUAACCCAGCCACAGCGUGGUCGCUUGAGCCGGCUAGCCGCCGCAGGUCAGACCUGGUCAGUGCUGGCAUGCCCCGAGCCCCGCAAGAGACUAACUGGAAGCCUUGUAGUUCGUAGUUUAUAGUUUUCAUUUAAAAUCUGUUGCGCUUUUAAUAAAGUACAAAGAAUUCAUGUAUUCCAAAUAUAUUUACGACGA